GAAGCCACAAACUGCCUUUGACCAUAAUGCUCUUAACAAGGCGUAAAAGACAUACAUAGUAUUCCCAGCAGUGGACUCAAAACAUUCCUGACAUCGCAUACUGAUGGUGGUCGUGAAUCUGUAGUUAAUUACACACAAAGGUCCGAUAGAUGCAAUCAACUGCACUACCGUGCUUCCCUAAUGCAUCACAUCCACAUCGAAAUCUACAUCUACGUCAAGACUGUCUCACCGUGGCCCGGAUGAAACUGUACGCGUGCCAGUUGAUCGGCGUUCAUUGAACUGUUGGACAACCGGAGCCGGAGCCGGAGCCGGGGAUCAGGGAGCCGUAGGACGUGUGCCGUGUGUGCGAAAUCGACGGUGGACCAGGUCGAUGUGCACAACUCCGGGGAAACGUACUGAAACUCCACGUCUGUCGGUGGCAGUUCCAGUCGAGGAGGGGUUCAUAUGGAAUGGCAUCACGUGGACCGUCGACGACGACGUUGCCAAUCGCGAUAGCGAUGGCCGUCGCGAUGUCAGUGAUGGCAAACGGUCUUUGCCCGACCCAAUGUCGUUGCGACGACGAGAGUUUGCGAGCGUCCUGCGCUUACGCGGGACUCGAGGUCGUUCCGAUCCAGCUGAAUCCGGAAAUCAAACACUUGGAUCUGUCGAACAAUCGUGUCGGGAAUAUUCACCUAUCGUUCGGGUUCUACGGUAACCUGGAGACACUUGAUCUAACCUCGAACGCAAUUCACACUCUCGGUUCGGACAAUUUCGUCUUCCAAAAGGGGCUGAUCACGUUGAACGUAAGCAAUAACGCCGUGAGGGCAUUAGCAAAGAAUUCGUUGCAAGGAUUGGACUCGUUGAAGGAGUUGAAUCUAUCGAGCAAUAAUAUUUCCGAUAUGGACGAGCAAGCAUUCAAGAGUACCAGCGAAUUGGAGAUACUAAAUCUCUGCGACAACUCGAUCACUAGCUUGCCGGAAGGACUGUUGAAGAACCUACACAAGAUUCGUACGUUGAUCUUGAAGAGGAACUCGCUAUUGGAAAUACCAACCGCGAACUUGGCGUUGGCGCCCAGUCUGGAGAAGGUUGAUCUCUCGGACAAUCUGAUACAGGAGUUGGACAGGGAUUCGUUGCCGUCAUUGCCGUCGUUAGUCUCGUUAGAUCUCGCGAACAACGUUAUCAGGAAUAUCGCUGACGACGCGUUCGAUCGUCUACCGGACCUGCUGCACCUGGACCUGUCCGGCAACAACCUGACCUCCGUGCCCACGUCCGCGUUGGCAAGGCUAAACGUUCUAUCGAACCUGAUCCUAAGUCGGAAUCCUCUCGGCAACCUGGGCCCCGUAGGAUUCCGUAAUCUGUUCGAGCUAAGGAGCCUCGAGUUAAACGACUGUACGAUCGUUAGCGUUCACGCCAGAGCGUUCGCCGACAAUGUGAAUCUUGAACGAAUCUCGUUGGACGGUAAUCGAGGGUUAAAGGAGCUACCAGCCAGGGUUCUUUACAGCGCGAGAUAUCUGAAAUGGGUCUCGCUGCGUCGUUGCAGCCUGUCGACCCUGCAACCCACCCAAUUCCCAGUUGACGGUUUGUCGUCCCUUCGCGUAGGCGGCAAUCCCCUGGUCUGCAAUUGCUCGGUGCAUUGGCUGUGGAACGUUAUCAGGGCGGAAGAACGACGGAACGAGUCGAGACUGGAGUUAGAUAGCCGCGAUAUUAUCUGUACCGACGAGGAAUUCUCCGGCAAAGCGUUGAUCGCUCUGUCGGAGGGUUCUUUGCGUUGCCGACUGAGCCCACUCUAUCUGUCGUUGUCGGCUGCCGGUUGUCUAGCCGCGACGGCGACCAUCCUGGCGGUGAUAGCUCAUCUGACACGAUCAAAGAGGAAGAAACGUCUGGCGUACGCCGCGCCCAACCGACCGGAGUUUCUCGUCUACGUGGGAAGGAACAACGACGAGCUGGACAAGAACGCCGAGUCGUACAGCAGAAGACUGUUGGCCAGGAACGAGGACACGUCUUACGACACACCUCGAGGAAAGGCCGGACAACGUAGCCCUCAGUCGCAAGACACGAACAUUUACGAAACACCUAGGCACGUUAGGACCAAUCGACGGGAAGGAGCCACGGAACCGUAUGCCAGGCAAACGGAAGAGGGUGUGUACGCGGUGGCCGACGUGACCGAUCUCCGCGACGAACAACCGGAAGUGCUGUCGCUUUAUCGAAUGCAGACACCGACUGCGCCCAGAUCGAACCGUCUGGACUACGGUUACGACUACGAGUACGAUUACGAGUACGAGCCACCGCUUCCGCAGAAGCCUCACGUCGUGUUCGUUUGAACCGUCGAACUCAAUUUUCCAUCAAGAUUCUUUCCCAAUAGAUGCCCGUACCCUCGAUAGGGUUCGGGAUCUUCUAACGCCGACACGUGGUACGGUAAUCCUUCGGUUACCGAAAGUAUCGACGAACCGUCGUCCAUUGUACGGUCUGCUAGAAUCACUGGCUUUGAACAGUUUUAGAUUCGUAGAUUCGAAUCGUGACGGUACACAGAACAGUGGUUAUCGUCCACGCGGUGAAUGGCGGAGGAAGCCAGGAUCAACCGGUGGACAGAGUUGAAAAUGAAAUGUCUUCCGAGAUAGUUGCGACGCUGGAGAAGCAGAAUGCAUUUUCGCUGAGGGAACGCAAUCUGAUUCGGAAUGUAAAUUCAGGGUACGGCGCGUAAACCGUUGCCGGUUCUAGCCGGCCAGGCUCGAGGAACGUAUUUAUUUUCACGGAUUGCGUCGGAUUCCGUUGGUUCAGUGCAAAUGCUGCGCGCCGUGUUUCAAGGCGGGCGGUGUUCAUUUCGCGUUUAAACGUAGUGACAAAUCAAAUCAAAGCAGCGUCUCGUUAGUCCGUUUAAAUCCUCCUACACUGCCAGCAUCCCAAGAUUACUCUUCCCAUUUCCCUCUAUCCCUCAAUUUCUAACAUCCCUCUCCAUCUGUCUCUCCCAGUACACCUACAAUUAUCGCGUCUUUGUCCAGGUAUCUCCUCUUUCCUUUUCGUUUCUACUUCGGGAAAGUCCGCGUUUAGGUAGGCUGAAGGAUCUUGAAGAUUUUUGCGAAACGCUUUGGCUACCUCGAGCAAUGAUUUCUACGAGAAACGAGCUGAAAGGAGGGAAUGGAAAAUACGUGGUUCACGCGUUUCUACCUUUUUCUUUUUUUUCUCUCUUGUUAAACACGCCGGACACAUUGGUACACACCUGAAGGGAGCAAAAGACACGUUAGGAUUCGUAAUUAGACGGUCCCUCUUCUUUUCUUCUGUUUUUACUUUGUCUGCUUGUCGACGUCGACAGAAGAGAACCGUCUUCAGGAUCGUUGUAAAUUGAAGCAAUAAUAGGCGCGACCUUUACUCUUAGGGACACACUUAGACACUGAGUAUAUUUAAGGACGAGAUUACGCGUUUAUACAAACGUAAGCGUACAUGUACAGUGAGCGUAAAAGGUGUUUGGACACCGUUUAAGAAAGAAUACCUCGUUUAAAAUUCGACUAAAUCACUUGAGGUUUCUUGAGAAUUUAUAGUAAUUAUACUAAGAUAUGUGCUUUUGUCGGUUUAAAAAAUUAUAAUUUGUUGAAAGCGUGAAAUAGUGGAGGAUAAUUUUUCAUCUUUUUUAUGUGAGCCUAUAAUGAAAAUUUCAUCGAGAUCGGUCAAUGCACUUAGAAAUUACAAGUAAUUAAAAUUUCAUCUAAAAAUGUGUAAGACUUUUCAUCUAAACAUGUGUUUUUGAAAUUUAAAUUUAAAAUAUUAAUAUUGAAAUUAAAUUAAAUUGGAAUAAUUUGUUUAAAAAGAAUUAGAAUAUUAUUUAAUCAUUAUUAUGUUCUUAGAUAAAAAGUCGUGAUUUUUUAACGAUUUCAACAAAUUGUAAUUUUUUAAAACAACAAAAGCACAUAUCUUAGUAAAUUAAUUUAUAUAACUUCUCAAAGAACCUCCAAUCAUUUGGUCCAAUUUUAAAUCAGGUAUUCUAUAUUAAACUUUAUCCAAACACUUUUUACACUCACUGUAUAUAUAUAUAUAUAAAUAUACAUAUAUAUAUAUUUAUUUAUUAAUUUAUGAUGUUAAGUUUGAAGAAAAGAUGUUACGUUUUGAAUACGAAAACUGAGAAAAGAAACGAAAUAUACUCGAUACGCGUCAAGAAUAAGAUGCGUUACGUAUCCAUCACGAAACAUCACCGGAAGCGAUCGUACCCCCGAAUUCGCCUACUGAAAUUCUCCCUUACUUAUGGCUACGUCGUCUGCGAAUGUCACGCGUCAACGAAACGAGGAAUCAUUACACGAACUCGCGGGUACGAAGCACGGAAAACUCGCCUCAGUGUGUAAGUUUCGCCGUCGUGGAGCGGCUCCUCGAAACGCAACGCGUCUAGAAAUUUUAAUGGAAUAUCGAAUUCCCGCUGAUUAAAGUCUCCCGACGCGGUGCCCUCCUCCCGGGGAAAGUUCGAAAGUUAAAUAUUCGAUUCGCCACGGUAAACCUCCGACCAGCGAUUCGAGACGAUCGAGAAUCGUCGGUUUCGAGCUACGAAUAAUAAUUUCAUCGAACACCUUUCCCGAAAUAUUACCCCUCGACCGGUUAAAUAGGCUUUCAAUUACCCGCACCCCUCGCUCGAAGAUCGAUACCCGAUCUGCAGGAUGUUUAUCAAGUUAUUUAUUCGGGUGCGCGCGGGUACCCGAAAGUUUCCGGAACCGAGCGUGACCCAAAUUUUCGGGUACCAGGUCAUCCUUACUUAUUUGUAGUCAACGUUAGAUUAUUCAUACCUCCUUGAAAGUCGACUUACAGUGAUCAAAUUAUUAGAGCCACGGUAUGAAAAAUGGGUUUUUCGUGUUUUUGGAGAAAUAGAGCCACAAUUUUAUUAAUAUACAAAAGAAUACUUUAUAAAAAUAAAUAAAUACAUUUAAAUGUUUUCUCAAUUCUUUCCGGCAUACUUUCGAUGCAUUUUAAGCAAUUUAUUUUGAUUGCUUUAUUCCUGGCCAAUACUUCUAUCAAACGUUCAAUCAAUUCACAUUUAUUACUAAUAAUAAAUAUUUCCACAAAUUUUCGAUGGAGUUGAGGUCCGCAAAAACUCACUUUUUUAAACUGUGUAUCAUAAUUUUACAAGUAUCAAUGCAUCAUAAAAAAAUAACAAAAACUGUGUUUAACACUUUGACUGGCACGCAUUGAAAAUUCCAUCAAGUGUUACCUACUUUUGUCUUCACAAAUCUUAUGUACAUCAUCUUUAAAAUAUUUCAUUAUAUUUUUAUCCACAAUUUCAAGUAUCUAAUACAAGUAUUUCGAAUUAAAUAAGUCAAAGAAUUUCUAAUAGUAUGAGUAAUAGAUUCCUAUUGAAAUUCAAGCGUCACCCAUAUAUGUAUGAGUGACGUGGGGCUCAAAGUGUUAACUAGGUUUUCAUUUAAGAAUUAAUAAUAUUUAUGUAAAAUCAUCAAUUUAUACGAGUGGCUCUAAUAAUUUGAUCAGCCACUGUAAUAACAAUGAAGAGCCAUCAAUUUUCUUUCAAAUCAAAGUUCUAUUUAUAAAUUGAAAAAUCUAAGAGAACCAAGGUGUUCCAGUGAAAUGUAGGUCUCGAAUUCCGGGUUUGAAAUUCGAACGAUCCCCCUGAUCGAAAAACGCUCCAAUAACCGUCAGGAAGGAUUAAAGUGGCCAAACUAGGGUUGAAACAUUUGUACCACCUGUAAGAACGUGAUCGGGAGGAGAUCAGUCAGGUUGGAUUCGGUAUUUCUUUCGGAACCGUUGUCCCUCGACGAGUCUGCCAGGGAGCAGACAGUUGUGAAAAAUUAAUUUCCCCCGGAGCAGCCGAUCGAGGGUGAAAACAACCGUGCCGUAGUUUUUCGCGAUCUGCUCCCACUGACCCAGAUGCUUCGCCAUCAAUUCUUCCGGACCUUCUGGCCGUUCGUCGGACGAACUUUCCGAGUUCCGAUAUCACCGUGAACCCGCGACCGAUCUCUUGUCACGAACAGAUUGCAAACUUUUACCGGCAAUCCCGGUUACACCCCGAUUUUUCCUUUAAUUUUCCACGUUCUAAAUCUAACGCGAAAUCAGAUUUAUACGUAACGAUGCUUUCGAAAGAUCGCGUUUAAAUAUACAGGAAGAUUGUUUGUUUAUUUCUGUAACAGUUCAAUUUUAUCCACAGUCAAUAUCGGUGAUUUUAGACUGCUCUGAUUUCGGGUCACCUCCGAGUACAUACAUUUUUAUUAGUAUUUAAAUAAAUAAAUAAACCAAUUAAAAUUCCACAUAAAAUUAAUCUUAUCUUUCGAAAAAAUCUGUACACACGUGAUCAAAUCAGAGUUCCCUAAGGAAAAUAGGGAAUUCUCGGAGUCUUAAAUAGAAAAAUAGAGAUCGAAGGUUAAUUCAAAAAAAAAAAGAGGGAAGAAAUAUUAGAAUCGGACCAGCCUACUGACAGAGGAAAAUAUUAGAGUUGGAAUGGUUUCAUUGGUCCCACCUUGCCGGUCGGUUAGCCAAGAUUCCACGGUGGCAUUUCGCCCGGCUCGUUAGUCAUGGUAGUUAGUCAUGCUACACGGAUCUCGGUCUGAAGAACGAAGAAGAGGAAGAUGAAAAAGAGGGUGGCUGGGGUGGAGCGGCGGUAAGGCCGGAUCGCGCGAGAAACAGGCGCACCAGCUUCUCCCUGUCCGUUUCCUCUUCCCUUCUUCGUCGCUGCAUCCCUCUUUUUCCGGUUUAGCGUCCGGGCAUCCUCGAUGCGCUCGAGAGGCACGCCCCAUCGACGGCUAUUUUUGUAUGUACAUAGAGAAAAGAAAAAACGAGAGAAAAGAAAAAAAAAAAAUGAAAAAGAAAAA